AUGGAUUCAUUCUUCAGCCUCUUCGAUCCGUCUGAUGGUAACCAAAAUAAACAUAACAAUAAGAAAAGACAUAAAAACGACCAAGAGAAUGUGAGGAAGAACCCAGAUGCUCCAAAAGGAAGGAGAAGAGGACGUCGAUCCCACGGGAAAAACGAAACGUUGCCCGAGGAAUCUUCUUUCCUCUGUGAGCCUGACCUCAGUACUGAGAUACUAGUGAAAGAUUGCAGUUACAUUGAGAAUUACAUUGAAGUAAAUAAGAAAGAUGAAGAUAGCAAAGAAGAGAAAAAAACGCGCAGACGUAACUCAUGUCGUAAAAAUCGAAGGAAAAAGAACAAAAUUUCACCAGCCAAAGAUAUCCCAUUAAACACCGCUUGGCAGGAGGAAAUACCGGAAACUUUGAACAACCAGUCAUCUAUCCCCAAAGUUUGCGACGAAAAAGUGGGGAAGAAUGUAAACGAUCUCAAAGAUAUUAAAUCAACCAAAAGGAAAGAGAAUGUGACAAAGUUUGAGGAUGACAGGAUUUACAAUGUGAUUGAUAAGUUGGAGAAAGUCGGGAUAAAGGAUGAUAUGUAUCUAUCCGGAGAUCUUGAUACGGAUUUGGAAAGUGAUUUCUUCUACAGUUCAGAUGAUAUGGACGAGUUUUGUGAUGAUACUACCUCAGAUGCGGAGGACUCGGGGGACGAGUGCUACGGCAGCCUGCCCCCGGAGCCCCGCUUCGGCAAUGUCGAAUACAAGCUGCAGCUGGUGUCGCCCUGCGAGAGACGCUUCCAACAUCUGGUCACGCAGCUGAAGUGGCGGCUGCGGUCGGGCGGCGGCAGCGCGGUGUACGUGGUGGGCGUGCGCGACUGCGGCGCGCUGCGCGGGCUGCGCGCGCGCGCGCUGCGGGCGUCGCUGCGCGCGCUGCGCCGCAUGGCGGCCGCGCUGGGCGCCGCGCUGGUGAGCGCGCGCGCGCGCCGCGUCGCGCCCAGCCGCGCCGUCGCCGAGGUCUACAUACGGAAGUUAGCGGACACGCAGCAGAGCGUGGAGCUGCGCGUGGCGGUGAUGGGCGCCAACGAGGCGGGCAAGUCCACUCUGAUUGGUGUUCUUACUCAAGGCGAAUUGGAUAAUGGACGAGGUAGUGCGCGUUUGAACAUGUUCAGACAUCUGCACGAGGUGAAGAGUGGCAGGACCUCGUCCCUCAGCCACGAGAUAUUGGGGUUCGAUGCUCAGGGUAAUGUAGUAAAUUAUGGAUGUUCAGAACUGAUGACUGCUGAAAGAAUAGGUGAGAGGAGUGCCAAGUUGGUCUCGUUCUUAGAUCUAGCGGGACACAGCAAGUACCAGAGGACAACGUUGCAUGGUCUCACCGGGUACUCCCCGCACUAUGCCAUGCUUGUGAUAUCGGCCACAGCUGGCAUCACUAAAAUAACAGAAGAGCACAUCGGACUGCUGCUAGCUCUGGACAUGCCAUUUUUCGCGGUCAUAAAUAAAUGCGAGCUGAACAACAAUGUUGGCAACAUUGUCGCCAGGUUGGCGCAACUGUUGGAGCCGGCUAGUAAGAAACCCCUGCUCAUAACAGACGAAAAUCUAGCCAGAAAUUGUGUUGUGCCGCAGAAGUCCAUCCUGGAUACCAUUGAUACAGGCAACAUGGCUGAGGAAGAAAAAGAAGAAGAGGCUCCGUGGUCGCUGGUGCCCGUGUUCCCGGUGAGCAGCGUGCGCGGCGCCGGCCUCGCCGCGCUGCACGCCUACUUGCUGGCGCUGCGCCCGCCGCCCGCCGCCACCGCGCCGCGCCCAGACGAAACAUGUGAAUUUCAAAUCGACGAAAUAUUCCACGUGGGUGAUUCCACUGGGCCGGUGGUCGGGGGCUUGCUGGCUCGAGGACAGCUGUAUGAAGGAGAUAACUUAAUUAUAGGACCCCUAGAUACAGGAGAGUUCGUAGAGAUCUCAGUCAAAACGAUCUACAGGAACAGGGUCCCCUGUGGGAUGGUGAAGGCAGGACAGUCUGCUUCGCUGGGUCUCAGCCAUUUCCCCCCUAACCUGAGACAGGGUAUGGUACUUCUGGCCAUUCCGGAGAGGUACAACAAGGAUCAUGAGAAACCCACAUUUGGAGGAUGUCCUCCGGGAAAGUGCAAAGGGAGAGAGAUAACAGAGCUAGUAAAUGCAUCACAAGUUGAGAAAAACAGGAAAAACGCGCGACGACAGAACAAAAAUAUCCUACAGGACAUCGCUAACGUACAGAACAGUCUGACCAAAAACAUGGAAAUAAAAAGUCCCAAUAUCUACAAAGAGGAUGAAAUAUCCACAAAAAAUAAUAAAAGCGAUGAUAAAAUAGAUUUUGAUGAGUGCGUCUGUAACGACUUAGUGCUUUUGGAAGACCCGAAUGAUCCCAGAGGAUGUAUUUAUUUUCAGGCGUCGGUGCACGUGUUGCGGCACUCCACAGCCAUCUACCCGGGCUUCCAGUGCUCCGUGCACGUCGGCAACGUGCGACAGACCGCCAUCAUAGAGGGUAUAAUGUCUCCCAACAAUGUUCUUCGAGCCGGAGAAGGUGCUUCCGUACUCUUCAGAUUUGCAAGAUGUCCGGAGUAUUUGGUGAGAGGACGGAGGUUGCUGUUCACUGCUGGCUUGGGGACUAGGGCCAUCGGACGUGUGACGCAAACUUUUCCAUAUGUACCA